AUGUUUUUCUUCUUCGUAGGAGGAGUUACUCAAGAGGUCCGUCAGGUGCUGAAGCAAGAAGCGGGGAGGUGUAUCAAUUGCCGGUCACCGGCGGAUCUUGUGGACACCAAUAACGUCUUAAAACUCUUUUUCGUCCCGGUUUGGCGGUGGCCGGGAAAAGACCAACUCAUGCACUGCAACAAUUGCGGCCUUUUCUAUCCGCCGUCGCUGUCUCCGAUUUCUUCCGACUUUCGGCCAUCGGAAAGCCUCCGAUGUCAAUUCUGCGCACGGGAGGUCGAUUCUGAUUUCAGAUUUUGCCCCUUUUGUGGCUCUGCUCUCUGA